AUGACUCGGUUCAAGAAUCGCUGGCUCCUCGUCGAAUUCAUUGACACGUCUACGGUGGAUACCUCCGCAGAAAAAGAGACUUCAAACACGCGAUCUCUGGACGGGAGGUCGAUCUACAACGCUCUUCGCGACAGCGUCGUAACAAACAUCGGCGACGCCGGAUGGGGAGCAGUGGGGAUGUCGUUGAAUGUGAAGUAUCUUUCACCGCUCACGAACCUUUGUAUCAUUCGCAUAGCACGAGAUCAUUAUCGAAUUGCAUGGGGUGUAAUCACGCUUCUCACUAGCAUCCACGACGUCAAGGUCAUUCCGCGUGUCAUUCAUGUCUCAGGCACCGUCAAACACACACAACUCUCAGCAAUCGCACACAACCGAGAAGUCAUUGCGCGGUUUCGCACUAAAUUCCAAAACGCCGCACUGCAUCAUGAUUCAUACGAUGAAUAUCUCGCGCGAAGUACUCUUGAGAUUGAGGCUUUGCAUGACUGA